UAUAAACAUACAUAUUAUAUUAACUGCAUUCAGCACUGUCAUCCGUGCAAUUUUACAUCAAUAUUUUCGAAAAAUAAGUGACUGCAUAGAAAUGGAAGGAAAAUCAAGAACGUCUGCUUCUGGAAAAGUUAAUGGUGGAACUACUGAACUGGAAAAGGCAAAGUCAUAUGAGAGUUAUUUCCAGCUAGAGAAAGUUUUAGGAGGUGUAAGACUCUUGAGUGUAGCUAACAAAGACCCUGUUCAUGAUGAACAUCUAUUUAUUGUCAUUCAUCAAGCAUAUGAAUUAUGGUUCAAACAGAUGUUAUAUGACAUGGGAUCUAUAAUUGAAAUUUUUUACAGUAAUCCGGCACGUGAUGAAAAGCACAUGUUGACCUUAACUCAGAGGUUGGAAAGAAUUGUUCUUAUAUGGAAGUUGAUGAUCGAUCAGUUAUUCAUACUUGAGACCAUUUUACCAUCGAAUUUCUUAGAAAUCAGACAUCUGCUUAAAACUGCGUCUGGAUUUCAAAGCUUUCAGUUUCGACUGCUUGAAAAUAAAUUCGGAAUUCGUGAGGAAGACAGAACUAAACAUGGCAACAAAAGUUAUAUUGACAUGCUAGAAAAAGAGAGUGCAAAAGAAGCACUGAGACAAUCAGUCAAAGAUAAAACAUUGUUCAGCGUUGUACAGUCAUGGCUUGAAACUAUCGACGAUAUUAAUCCUGAAUUCUGGCAACGGUAUGUGAAAGCUGCUGAAAAAAGUGCUGACAAAGCAUCAUUUCAAGGUGUUGUAGACAAAGCCACAUAUGAAAGUGAUCACAAGAAAGGUAUAAGACGACUCAGCCAUAAAGCCUUUAAGGGUGCACUAAAGAUUGCUCUUAUGAGAGACGAACCUGGUUACUGCCUGCCGUAUAAAGUCCUCACCCUUCUUACAGAUGUCGAUGGUUUAAUCAUGAAGUGGAGAUACGAUCACGUGUUAAUGGUGCACCGAAUGAUUGGAAGCAAAACCGGAACUGGAGGAUCAUCAGGCAUUCAAUAUCUACAAUCUACAGUCAGCGACAAGUACAGAGUAUUCAUCGAUUUUUUCAAUGUGUCAACUUUUCUAAUGCCACGAAAGAAUUUAGAAGCUGUAUAAAACACUGACAAAUCUAAGGAUUAUGUUUUUGUUUAUUUUAUGAAAACGUCUUGCAAUAACUUUACUAACCUAUAGUAAUUAAAAAUUUAUAUUUAUAUUUUAUUUUGGUAGAAAGUUAAUAUCAUACUUCU